AUGGACGACGGCAUCAACUGCUACGUGGUCCCGCAGACCACGGGCACCGGGCGGAACAUCUUCCAGGGAGGCAGCCCAUUGCAGGAGUCGCUGCCGCUGCUCGGCGUGCAGCUCGUCCUCAUCGUCGCCAUCACCCGCGUACUCUACUUCCUUCUCAAGCCGUUCAAGCAGCCCCGCGUCGUGUCCGAGAUCAUGGCACGUCCAUCCUAG